AUGAAAAUUCUCUUAACCGUUUUAACCCUUAUAAAUUAUGAUUCUCAUAAAGAUGCUCUAAUAGACAGCGAGAAGAAUAAACUAGCUAAAUAUUCGCCAUCGAUUCUUGCCAACUUUACAUUCCUACCAUUAGUCGCCACGACUCUAACUUUGUGUGGCCCACAUACCCUGGCCUUCUUUAAAGGCUGGGAAAAAGGAUAUCUGCUAGGACCGAGGAUCCCAAUGAGGGAUUCUACCUACGUCAAAGGAGAACAUAAAAUAUUAAAAAAAUGUUUGGAGAUUGGAAAUUUGAAUAAAAUAUGGAGAAAUUAUAUAGGACUUGGAUUUUACAAUUGCCUGAUACCUGCUCCGAUUGUUCGUAAUGUCUUUGAGAAUCCAGGAUGGUACACAUCUUAUACUCCAUACCAAUCUGAAAUAUCACAAGGAAGAUUGGAAUGCCUGUUUAAUUUUCAAACCUUGAUCAGUGAACUGACUGGUUUGCCAAUCGCUAAUGCCUCCCUUUUAGAUGAAGCAUCAGCUGGGGCUGAAGCCCUAACAAUGUCAUAUAGAAUAAAUAAAAGGAAAAAAUAUGUCAUUUACGCAAAAUGUCAUCCCCAAACUCUGGCAGUCGUUAAAACGCGGGCCAAAUUUUUAGACAUCGAAAUAUUGGAAGUGGAAAACAACAUGGACCUCGCCAAGCGCUUGAACGAAACCGUCAGCGGAAUCAUGUUUCAAUACCCUAACACGGAGGGAGAAAUCAUUCCUAACAUGGCCGAACUAUCCGAAAUCGCUCAUAAAAAUGGGUGUGUAGUUUCUGUUGCCACCGAUCUUUUAUCACUCUGUUCCUUGGCUCCACCUUCCCAUUUUGACUGCGAUAUCACUUUCGGUUCUUGCCAAAGACUGGGAACCUUCAUGGCAUUCGGGGGCCCUCAUGCUGCGUUUUUUGCCGCCAAAUCAGCAUACCUGAGGCUCAUGCCGGGAAGGAUAGUAGGAUUGACAAAAGACUCUUCUGGAAAUCGAGCUUUUAGACUAAUGCUACAGACCAGGGAACAGCACAUUAAAAGGGAAAAGGCCACCAGUAAUAUCUGCACUGCUCAAGCUUUGUUAGCCAACAUGACAGCCCUUUACGCCAUAUACCAUGGACCUGAUGAUCUGAGGGGCAUAUCGGCCACGGUUCAUCAAAACGCGGAUAUUCUGAGACACUGUCUUAUCAGCGCUGGCCACACUGUCAAGCAUUCUAAGUAUUUCGAUACCCUCAAAAUUUAUCCCAAGAUCGGAAUGGAUUUAGUGAAGGCCAGAGCAGCUCACGCUAAAAUCAAUCUCAGAUAUUUCGCCGAUAAUUCUGUCGGUAUAUCGUUGGACGAAACAGCGGGAACGGAUGAUGUUCGGGAUAUUUUAAAAAUUUUCGACGAAAAGCCGAUUCCAUUGGAUAAAAUUGGAACGGACUUGGAAACACAAAAUAGUCUAUUGUACCCCAGAUCAACACCUUUCCUUGCCCAGUCCGUCUUUAACGACUAUCAUUCCGAAACCGAAUUUGUGAGAUAUUUAAAAAGGCUCGAAAACAAGGACUUAUCGCUCACGAAUUCCAUGAUUCCUUUGGGAUCCUGUACCAUGAAACUGAACGCCACCACAGAAUUAAUGCCUUUAUCUUGGCCCAAUUUUGCGGACAUUCACCCAUACGCCCCUAGGGAGCAGACGAUAGGUUAUGACAAGAUUAUAAAAGAACUAGAAUUCGAUUUAUGCGAAAUAACCGGGAUGGAUGCGGUUUCCUUCCAAUCUAAUAGCGGAGCGCAAGGCGAAUAUUCUGGAUUAUGUACCAUACUCGCUUACCUCAAAAACGAAGCAGGCGGAAACGACGCUGAUAGAAAUAUUUGUCUCAUUCCUAACUCGUCUCACGGCACCAAUUUUUCCAGCGCGUCCUUAGCCGGAAUGAGAAUCGUUCCUGUGAACACCGACAAAAACGGUUACAUCAUCUACGAACAUUUCGAACAAUGCAUUCAAGAAAAUGGCAAAGAAUUGGCCUGCCUCAUGAUAACGUACCCCUCAACUCACGGCUGCUUUGAUCCAAAUAUUAGAAAAAUUUGCGACAAGAUACACGAAAGUGGAGGCUUAGUUUAUAUGGACGGUGCUAACAUGAAUGCCCAGAUAGGACUUUGUAGACCUGGCGAUUUUGGGGCGGAUGUUUGUCAUUUGAAUCUCCAUAAAACGUUUUGCAUUCCCCACGGUGGUGGCGGUCCCGGCAUGGGACCUAUAGCAGUGAAAUCCAAAUUAGCACCGUAUCUUCCAAACCUAAACAUUCGGUCCACCUUGCAGGAGCGCGAAAAUCUUUCGGAUAAAUCAUUUGGCGCCAUUUCAGCUUCCCAAUAUGGAUCUGCAAUCUUGUUGUUGAUCUCCUGGAUGUACAUCAAGCUGAUGGGACCCCAAGGGAUCAAAUUGGCCUCCCAAAUCGCCAUUUUGAAUGCCAACUAUAUAUGUAAAAGGCUCGAGGGUCAUUACGAUAUCCAUAGGAACGACGCCAACGCCAAAGAUUUUAGGUGCGGUCACGAGUUUUUGUUAGACCUGAGGACUCUGAAGCAAAGUCAUGGUAUCGAGCCCAUGGAUAUCGCGAAACGCCUACAAGACUUCAAUUACCACGCCCCUACAGUUUCGUUUCCGGUUUCCACUUGCCUCAUGAUAGAACCGACGGAAAGCGAAAAUAAACGCGAAUUAGAUAACUUUUGCGAGGCUAUGAUAACCAUCAGGGAAGAAAUCAAUGACAUUGCUAAAGGAGUUUACACCAAAUUUAACAAUCCAUUGAAGAAUGCGCCUCAUACGCAAAACACGUUGGUAUCCGAUGAUUGGAAGCUUCCUUACUCCAGGAGAAAAGCUGCUUUUCCUAUGGAAAUGAAUUUCAAAGUCUGGCCGAGUGUCUCGCGAGUAAACGAAGUGUUGGGUGAUAAAAAUCCGAAAUGCAAAUACGAUUAAAAAGAAAAAAUGCGAUAGUUUUCAAUUUAUUAUAAUUAAUAAUGCAAAUAUUUAUUUUUUUACAACAUAUUAGAGCACAUUUAUUAACAAUAUAUAAAUACAUUAAAAUAUAUUCUAUAUAAAAAAAUAUAAUUGUAAUAAUAUAUACAAAAAAAGAUUAAUAAAAAAAUGCU